UUUUUUUUUUUUUGGAGAGUGCGCACAGACUCUCUGAGAUGACAGAGGAUUUACUUUUGGUGAGGAGAGCCUCGCCUCUUGAGAUAUAAUCAUAUUUUGGACCAUGGAUGGAGGUGUGCACGGAAGAGCUCGAGUGAUGGUUAAAAUCCCGACUGGUCGAUGAAGAAUGGGCAGGUGUCAAAGGUAGAGGGAGUGGCCUGGUGCUGUCAGUACCUCUGCUGGUCAUCAUCAUGACAUCUGAGGCCCGCUCAUCUGCACAGUGCUGCUGGAUAAGUACAUCAUUUGGAUACCAGACAUGGCUGCAGCUGCUUCUGCUGAUGGGUUUCAGUCCGGCCUCGUGGUCCCAGCAGGGCACCCAGCCUCAGUCCAUCAAAAUCGAGGGCGACAUCACCCUGGGCGGGCUCUUCCCGGUGCACUCCCGCGGCCCCGCUGGGAUCCCCUGCGGCGAAGUCAAGAGAGAAAAGGGAAUCCACCGACUAGAAGCAAUGCUGUAUGCCUUGGACCAGAUCAACAGUGAUCCGGACCUGCUGCCUAACAUCACCCUGGGGGCCCGCAUCCUGGACACCUGCUCCAGAGACACCUACGCCCUGGAGCAGUCGCUCACCUUCGUCCAGGCCCUCAUCCAGAAGGACAACUCGGACGUGCGCUGCUCCAACGGAGAACCACCCAUCAUCCCCAAACCAGAGAGGGUGGUCGGGGUCAUCGGGGCUUCCAGCAGCUCGGUGUCCAUCAUGGUCGCCAACGUGCUGAGACUGUUUGCGAUCCCCCAGAUCAGCUACGCCUCCACUGCCCCAGAGCUGAGCGACAACAGCCGCUACGAGUUCUUCUCCCGUGUGGUGCCUCCGGACUCCUACCAGGCCCAGGCCAUGGUCGACAUCGUCAAAGCCAUGGGCUGGAACUACGUCUCCACGCUGGCCUCCGAGGGCAACUACGGCGAGAGCGGGGUGGACGCCUUCCUCCAGAUAUCCCGAGAAGCAGGAGGACUGUGCAUUGCACAGUCCAUAAAGAUUCCCAGAGAGCCCAGACCCGGGGAGUUUGAAAAAAUCAUCAAGAGACUGAUGGAGACCUCCAACGCUCGCGGGGUCAUCAUCUUCGCCAACGAGGACGACAUCAAACGGGUGCUACAGGCAGCCAAGAAGGCCAACCUGACAGGACACUUCCUGUUUGUGGGCUCAGACAGCUGGGGGGCCAAAAACUCCCCGAUUCAGGACCAGGAGGAGGUGGCCGAGGGGGCCGUCACCAUCCUGCCCAAAAGAGCUUCCAUCGAUGGGUUCGACCAGUACUUCAUGACGAGGUCUCUAGAAAACAACAGGAGAAACAUCUGGUUUGCGGAAUUCUGGGAAGACGACUUCAAGUGUAAGCUAACUCGUCCUGGCAUCAAGUACGAGGCUGGGAGACGGAAAUGUACAGGUGAAGAGAGGAUCAGUCAAGACUCUCAGUACGAGCAGGAGGGGAAGGUGCAGUUUGUGAUUGACGCGGUGUACGCCAUGGCCCACGCUCUGCACAGCAUGCACCUGGACCUCUGUCCCGGCUCCAUGGGCGUCUGCGAGAAGAUGGACCCUGUGGAGGGACGGAUGCUCCUCCAGUAUAUUCGCUCUGUGAACUUUAACGGCAGCGCAGGGACCGGAGUGAUGUUCAACGAGAACGGAGACGCUCCGGGUCGCUACGACAUCUUUCAGUACCAGAUGUCCAACGUCAGCAACCCCGGCUACAAAGUCAUUGGGCAGUGGACAAACCACCUUCGACUGAAUCCGGAGGAGAUGCAGUGGUCAGGCGGUGACCGUAAGAUCCCAGAGUCGGUGUGCAGCUUCCCCUGCGAGUCCGGCGAGAGGAAGAAGAUGGUGAAGGGCGUCCCCUGCUGCUGGCACUGCGAGCUCUGCGACGGAUACCAGUACCUGCUGGACGAGUUCUCCUGCGACAUGUGCCCGUUCGACAUGAGGCCCCUGAAGAACCGCACGGGCUGCCGGCCCACGCCCAUCAUCAAGCUGGAGUGGAGCUCCCCCUGGGCCAUCAUCCCCGUCUUCCUGGCCAUCCUGGGCAUCCUGGCCACCACCGGAGUCAUCGUCACCUUCGUCCGGUUCAACGACACGCCCAUCGUCCGGGCCUCCGGCAGGGAGCUGAGCUACGUGCUGCUGACGGGGAUCUUCCUCAUCUACCUCAUCACCUUCCUGAUGAUCGCCGAGCCCAGCGUGGCCGUGUGCGCCUUCCGCCGGCUGCUGCUGGGACUCGGCAUGUGCAUCAGCUACGCCGCCAUGCUCACCAAGACCAACCGGAUCUACCGCAUCUUUGAGCAGGGGAAGAAGUCGGUCACGCCUCCCAAGUUCAUCAGUCCCACGUCUCAGCUCAUCAUCACCUUCAUACUCAUCUCAGUGCAGUUGCUCGGGGUGUUCAUCUGGUUCGGCGUGAUGCCUCCUCACACCAUCAUCGACUACGAGGAGCAGAAGCCCCCAAACCCGGAGUUCGCCCGCGGGGUCCUCAAGUGCGACAUGUCCGACCUGUCCCUCAUCCUGUGUCUGAGCUACAGUAUCGUUCUGAUGAUCACCUGCACGGUGUACGCCAUCAAGAGCAGAGGCGUCCCCGAGACCUUCAAUGAAGCCAAGCCCAUCGGGUUCACCAUGUACACUACCUGCAUCAUCUGGCUGGCCUUCGUCCCCAUCUUCUUUGGCACAGCUCAGUCUACUGAGAAGAUGUUCAUCCAGACCACCACCCUGACGGUGUCCAUGAGCCUGAGCGCCACCGUGUCCCUGGGAAUGCUCUACAUCCCCAAGGUCUACGUCAUCAUCUUCCACCCCGAGCAGAACGUCCAGAAGAGGAAGCGCAGCUUCAAGGCCGUGGUGCAGGCGGCCACCGUGUCCACGCACCUGUCCCAGAAGUCCAACGACAAGCAGAACGGCGAGUCCAAGAUCGAGCCGGACCGGUCGCAGUGA